AGCAAACACACACGGAAUGCGGAUUGAUGUAUGGGUAUAGGAUCGGAGGGUGACGAUAUUAAGAGUGUCGUUCCAUCGUAUCUGUGUUAAAAGUGAAUUUUCAUGCUGUUCGUAGCGCAUACAAUAUCGAACACCUAAACAUCGAUUAUUUAGUUAAUAAAGACGAAACUAUUUUGUUUAACCGUUCGUGAAUAUCUAAUUAAAUUCCUUAUACCGGAAGUAUUCGACAAGUUUCCGAGGUGUUUUGUGUGUAUCAGUGAAUUCCGUGUUAUAUCAGUGGGUAAAGUGUAAAGUGUUCGUUGAUUAACAUAUUAGUGUGCGUUAAGUUGCCGGGCAUUGAUUAUUUUGUGAAAAGUUGGGCUGGGCUAUGCGAUUAUAAUUCUCAGCUCCAUAGAAAUAGGUAGUUCCUAUCAAUCUAGGUUUCGAAAACCUAGUUGUUUUUGUAGCCGAGUGUUCGAUAAAAGGCCUCAAGACGUCGUGGAUCGAGGAUUGUACCAUGGGGUGCACCGUUUCGGCAGAGGAAAGAGCGGCUAUAGCCAGAACGAAAAAAAUCGAUGAGAGUCUUAAAGAAGAAAAACAAAGAUCCCGCAGAGACGUUAAACUUCUCUUACUAGGUGCGGGGGAAUCGGGGAAGAGUACGAUAGUCAAACAAAUGAAAAUUAUCCACGAAAGUGGAUUUACACCAGAGGACCAUAAGCAAUAUCGGCCGGUGGUCUACAGCAAUACGAUACAAUCCUUGGUAGCUAUUUUACGGUCAAUGCCAAAUCUCGGAAUUAGUUAUGGAAAUAAUGAAAGAGAGAUUGACGGCAAAAUGGUGUUCGACGUUAUCCAGAGGAUGGAAGACACUGAACCGUUCUCAGAAGAACUUUUAGCUGCGAUGAAAAGGUUAUGGACUGAUUCGGGAGUUCAAGAGUGCUUUGGUCGUUCCAACGAGUACCAGCUCAACGAUUCCGCCAAAUAUUUCUUAGAUGACUUAGAUCGGCUAGGAGCGAAGGAUUACCAACCUACGGAACAAGAUAUAUUAAGAACAAGAGUGAAAACUACGGGUAUAGUUGAAGUACACUUUUCGUUUAAAAACCUUAAUUUCAAAUUAUUUGAUGUCGGUGGACAGAGGUCGGAAAGAAAAAAAUGGAUACAUUGUUUUGAGGAUGUGACUGCGAUUAUAUUUUGUGUAGCUAUGAGUGAAUAUGAUCAAGUUUUACAUGAAGACGAAACGACAAAUCGUAUGCAGGAAAGUUUGAAACUUUUCGACUCUAUCUGUAACAACAAAUGGUUUACAGACACCUCCAUCAUCCUCUUCCUCAACAAAAAAGAUCUAUUCGAAGAAAAAAUUAGGAAAUCGCCUUUAACGAUAUGCUUUCCUGAAUAUGCAGGUGCGCAAGAAUAUGGCGAAGCAGCGGCGUACAUUCAAGCACAAUUCGAGGCGAAAAAUAAAUCAACAACCAAAGAAAUCUACUGCCAUAUGACAUGCGCUACUGACACGCAUAACAUUCAAUUCGUCUUCGACGCAGUCACCGAUGUCAUCAUCGCAAAUAACCUACGCAACUGCGGCCUCUAUUAAUCAUCAUGUAAUUAUAUCCUUUCUCACAAUGACAAGGUGAUACACACCGUAUAUAUAUUUUUCUUUCUUGGAACACCUCGACGUCUCCAGCUUUUAACAUUUGAUUUUGUUGAACGGUUGGACAUCUUGAGGUAGCACAGAACUGUACCAAAGUUGAGUGAGAUGUUGAAAAUGUGUUCUUUUUUUUUUGUUGAAUAAUUAUUAGAUUGUAAAAAAUCAAUACGUAGCUUUGUGCUUCAUUAUUUGAACGGCUAAAGAUGAAGUCGGUUCAUUACUUUACAUUUAAUGUUUUUUAUCAAAAUGAAAUGCACAAUAUGUUGAAAAUACGCGCACAUUUUAAACCGCUGAAUUUGUCAACAUUGUACAAAAAUUAUAAUACACAUUUAAACAUUUUUAGUCUCAAAACUUAUUAUUAUUAUUAAUAAAUUUAAUGUUAUUUUGUGUAAAUGAUUUGUGCCAUUAGAAAGAGAUUGCAUUUAUUCAUGUAUUAAUUUUUUUUUGUAAGUUAUUUGUUUUCUUUUAUUAGAGUAUUUUUGUAAGUAUAAGUAAUGUUAUUUAUGUUGAUAUAAUUUUAUUAAGAUUAAAAUUAAUUUUAUUCGAUUUUUAGAUUUUAGUUACCUACCAAAAUAUUUUACAAAUAUGUACCUAACUUAUAUGUGUAUACACCAGAACCAAAAUUAAUACUUUCAGCUCAAAUAGCAUGCAAAUAAUUUCAUUUAUAAUUUGUACAGACUGGAUAAAGUAAUUUACAGGAAAAUUUUGAGCAAAUUCACAAAUGUAUUUUAAAAUAGCAGAAUAUUUGACUCACUAAUCAUUUUAAAAAGGGUAUUGUGGUUAUUCUAAAUAAUUUUUGUACGUCAAAAUGUCAAAUUAAAAAUACUUAAUUAGUUAAAAGUCAAUAAAUUACCAUCACUUUCUUAAAAAUUGCUCAAAAUAAAUGUCUUUGGUAAUUUAUAUUAUUACCAUUCUAUAUCACUAGUGUGUAAGUGUUAGUAGUUAGAAUUAAAACUUAUGAUAAUCCUAAUUUUAUUUCAGUUUUUUUGAUCGAAUAUUUGUGAAGAAUGUUACGUCAAACAAUAAUUGAUGAUGGGUGUUAAAGUAAAAAAAAAAAAAAAUUCAUGAACAAAUAUACAGGAUAAUCGUUUUUAAACGUCCAAUAUUAUUUGCUUAAAUAUUUUUAAAAUAUGAUAUUUAAAAUAAUAAAUUUUUAAUUCGAAAAAUAAAUUUAAUAAGUAUAGCACACAUUUUAUUCUAAAAAAAUAUUAACUAAUGUUUUUUUUAUAUAAAGGUAUGUUGAAUAUUCUCUAGAGUCAUAACCAUGACAUAAAGCAUAGACUGAACCAAAAAAAAAUGACUAUUUUUUUUUUUAAUAUAUCGAGAAGCUCGUUCAGGAUGACAAAAAAAAAUUCGUGAAAAUUUGAGCCCUUAAUCCUUAUUUUAAAAAGUCUAUCAUCGCUAUUUUUGAUUUUUAGUCAUAAUUUGAUGUUUUACGUUAGAACUAUCAAAACAUUAAAAUGAAAAAAAUUCCUUUUCACUUAUUUUUAUAUAAAAUUAAAUUCUCUACAUAAAA